CCUCAUUAAAAAUCAUCUUGAAGUCAUGCUGCGUGUAUAUGAUCUUGUUAGUUGGUUUACCAUAUAUAAAUAUUAGGGAGGAAUAAUUCCAUUGAUAAAUCAAUUUCAUUGAAUGCUAAACUUUACCAGAUCGAUUUGUAUUGCUCUCAGACAGCUGCUUAAGACAUCUGACGAUGCAUCGAUCUUUCUCUCUUUUUCGCGUUUUGGAGCUCUCGAAAUCAAAAAUUGAGUGCAUUUUUGAAUUGGGUGAAUAUAUCUAUAUUUCCAACAGCAAUGGUGAUUUGGAUAGGUACAAGAUCUAUCGUGGAGCUGACAACUUAAAUGAUGAUUUUAUUAUGGAACACGUAGAGUUUAUUCCUACAUUCACGAAAAAGCCAAUUACAAAGGUCAUUCGUGAUACCUCAAAAGACAUUUUCUAUGCGCUAUCCGAUUCGUCUAUAUAUGUCUAUAGAAUAUCAACGUUCGAGAAACUCCAGAGUAUUGGCAGUUAUUGCCAAAACAUGUGCCUAUAUGGAAGUGACAAAGUUAUUUUGGCAGAGAGGAAGUAUCUUAACAUUUACAAAUGGCAAGCGUCUGAUCGACUUGUUCAUGAUAAGUCAAUCUCCCUUAACGAUCGGGCUCGUUCUCUGACAUGGAUGUCUUCAAAUAUGAUACUUGUCUCUUUUUCAAAUGAGUUUGUCGCAGUAAACAUUGAAACAUCUCAAUCAUCCUCCUUGAACCUGCCUUGGCAAACAUCGUCAUCUUUAGGACUUGGCAUGAGUUAUAUAGGAAUGUCUAUGAAGUUGAAUCGCUUACAUAUAACAAGAAUUUCCGACGAAGAAGUUCUACUGUCGAGAGACUCGCAGGGCUACCUGGUUAACCUUAAAUCGUUACAUGUUUCAAGACAACCAUUAGUUUGGCCUACAAGUCCACAGGCUGUCAUCUACAAUUCACCUUAUUUAAUCUCUCUCCAUUCACAAUACAUCUACGUUUGGAACAAGGAUACUCAUGCCCUUAUACAACAAAUUGGUAUUAGUAACAUAUCCUCUACCUUUUCGUGUGAAGGUAAUACCUUCUUUACGUCAAAUUCUUAUGUAUGGAUCCUCGUUCCUGAGGAUUUCGGCUCUCAGGUUGAAUCCUUGUUGCAGUCGAAUCAGCUUGAUGAAGCAAUAAGCGUCUUGGACCAGAUUGACGACAUGAAAUUUCCCAAACGGAAUUAUUAUCUUCGUAUGACGAAAAGAGAAAAAGCUUCUCGUUCCUUUUCAUCUGGUGACUAUGAAACCGCUAUGAAGUUAUUUACGGAAAUAUGUGAAUCUCCUUCUUUUGUUUUGAGGCUUUUUCCAAAACUUGUUGAAAACGAUUAUUCUGACGCAAUUAGUAUUUUGUCCUCCGGCCCUCCUCCUUCAGACCCACCCAUACUUGGAUCUCCCCAGACAAGUAUACGCCCGGCAUCGAAAAUCGAUUCUCAAGAACAGGACGAUGGUAAAUCUGUGGUAUUCAACAAUAAAAGAUUACGAAGUUUAAGUGCAUAUUUAACUGAUUCAAGAAGAAAAGCAAACCUCUUCUUAAGUUGGGAUGAAGAAACUUACCAUUCAUACCAAAAGGAUCUAUUUCGUAACGAGGAUGGAAGUAUAAUAUCUAAAGAGGAUCUGGAGAAUAUUGCUGUAGAAGUAGACACUACUUUGUUUCUUACUUACAUGGUAUCUACCCCGGCCCUUGUAGGAUCUUUGUUGCGUUUGCCUAAUCAUUGUGAAACUUCAGUCGUAGAAGCAAAUUUAACAUCAGCUGGAAUGUUUCGUGAGCUUAUUGAUUACUAUUUUGGAAAAGGAUAUCAUGACGAUGCACUAAAGCUACUGACUAAACUUAAUGAAGAGGGAACCUCUCUGUCCUCGUUUAAAGCCCAAGAGGAAACCUCGAAAUACGACGAUAUUCUUGUCUAUCUUCAAAAGCUCGGUGCUGAGGACAAAAAAUAUGUCUUUCAAUAUGCCAGGACUCCUUUAAGUAACGAUCCUACAGUCUCGGUAGGGUUAUUCCUUAAUGAUACAAGUGGGAGCAGUACUUUAUCGCACGAUGAAAUCUUAAAUUACCUUGAAACGGUAUCUUCGGAAGUUUCUAUCAUUUAUCUAAAGCAUCUGAUCGCUUCUGGAAAAACAAUUCUUGAAACUUUUUCGACUCGCCUUGGCCAACUAUACUUGCGUCGAAUCUAUGAAUUAGAAAGGGAAAUCAAUGAGAAAGAAUUAUCAUCUACCUUUGAAGAUGUCCUAAUAGGAUUUAUAAAACACUUGGAUGAAUCUAAGAACUAUGACGCUACUGCCAUUCUCAAGGACAUUGACCCCGAUGACCAUCAUUUGUUCGAAGCAUCGGUAAUCCUCAAUCGUCGCCUAUCGAGACACAGAAAUGCGCUGGACGUAUAUCUUGAUAAAAUGAAGGACUGGAAAGGAGCAAACGGCUAUUGUGAUUCUAUUUACAUGGACACUGGUGAGACUGAGCCAUAUUAUAUGUACCUUUCAGAUCUCGCAAAUCUACAACCUGAGGGUAUAAUAUCGUUUAUUACAAAGUAUAGCUCUCGUUUGAAGCUGAAAAGGAUUUUUUCUCUGUUACCCAAAGAUACCAGCAUGAGAGCUUAUCAUAUAUUCUUGUCUUCUCAAUUUCGACAGCUUUACGAAGAAAAAAAUAAGAAGGAAUUACAAUCGAAAUUAUACCAAAAAAGAAUUAAUGAUUUAAACGCGGAUCUGGCCCAUAUUCGUUCAGAGAAAGUUGUUAUAACAAGGGAAAAGACCUGUUUACAUUGCCACAAGCGCUUAGGAAAGAGUGUCAUUUCUAUAUUUCCAGAUGGUUCUGUCGUACACUACGGCUGUGCUAAAAAGUACUUGGUCCAUAGAAAUCUUCCCUAUGAAGCAUAUUAAUUUCCUUGUGAUUAUUUAUUAAAUAGAUGUUUAUAAUAUUUAUAAAUUAAACUUAGACCUACUAUGAAUUUCAAGUCUUAGUAUAGAAAAGGAA